CAGCACAACACAAACCGACAAAGUCACAGACACCAACAACAAACACCUCUCUCUCUCUCUCUCUGGGAGUCUCUCUAUCUUUCUAUCUUUCUUUCUUCCACUCCUCAAAUCUUCAUUACAUUACAUUACAUUACCCAUUUGCCCCUCACAUUGUCACUCUUAACUAAUGUCUCUCUUUUACACUUUCACUUUCCCCUUCUUCUUCUUCCUCCUCUUAUUGUGCAUCAUCACCACCUCCACCACUCUCACUUCUUCUUCUUAUUAUGGUUUCUCUUAUCACAUAGAUUGCGGUACUCCCACUAACACCACCGAUCUCUUCAACACUACGUGGCUCUCUGACCGCUUCUUCACCGGCGGCGCCACCGCAAUCGUCUCCGAGCCCCUCCGCUUCCACCAACCUCAAGAGAAAUCUCUCCGGUUCUUCCCUAUCUCUUCCGGCAAGAAGAAUUGCUAUGAAAUCCCUUCCCUCUCUUCUUCCUCACGCUACCUCAUUCGCACCUUCGUCGUCUACGACAACUACGACGGCAAGUCUCACCCUCCUUCCUUCGACGUCUCCGUCCGCGGCACCGUCGUCUUCUCCUGGCGCUCCCCCUGGCCUCAAUCCCUCGCUCGCGACGGCGCGUACUCAGACCUAUUCGCUUCCAUUCUCACCGGCGAAGCCCUAGUUUGCUUCUACAGCUUCGCCACCGAUCCUCCCGUUGUUUCCUCGCUUGAAAUUUUCGCCGUUGAUCCGGAAUCCUAUGGUUCCGCCUCCGCCGGCGACGACGGAGUUAUCCUCGUGAACUACGGACGGUUGUCCUGCGGGUCGGACCAGUGGGGUCCUGGCUUGACCAACGAUGUGGACCGGUUCGGCCGGUCUUGGCAGUCAGAUUCGGAGUUCCGAACGAGCUCCGGUGGCGGCCGCGGAAGGUUGAUUGUGGUGUCGACGAGGAAUGAUGUUAGCGGGACUGAUCAGAAGCCGAAUUACUUCCCGACGAAGCUGUACCAGACGGCGGCGACGACGGCGAUGACCGCAGAGGAGGGCGGAGGGAUUUUGGAGUACGAAUUGAACGUGGACGCGAAGCUGGAUUACUUGAUGUGGCUGCAUUUUGCGGAGAUUGAAGGGAGUGUGAGGAGGGCGGGGGAGAGGGUGUUUGACGUGUUCAUCAAUGGUGAGAAUUUGACCAGGGUUGACAUAUACAAGCAGGUGGGGGGUUUUGCUGCGUUUACUUGGCAUCACACGGUCAAGAAUUUGAGUAGUAGUGUGAUGAGCUUGAAGCUUGUGGGUGUUGUGGGUGCGCCUCUCAUUUGUGGGAUUGAGAAUUAUGCUUUGGUCCCCACUGAUCCUUCCACUGUUCCUCAACAAGUGAUUGCCAUGAAAGCAUUGAAAGAUUCGCUUCGGGUUCCUGAAAGAAUGGGUUGGAAUGGUGAUCCUUGUGCUCCUACCAAUUGGGAUGCUUGGGAGGGAGUUACAUGCCGUAUGAGUAAGGAUAAUACUGCUCUGGUGAUAAGUCAAAUAGAUCUGGGCAGUCAAGGCUUGAAAGGGUUCAUUAGUGACCAGAUUAGUCUUUUGUCAGACUUGGUAAGCUUGAACUUGAGUUCUAAUUUGUUGGUCGGUGAAAUACCUUCUGGACUGGGUCAAAAAUCCUUGAUACACCUGGACUUGUCCAACAAUCAGUUAGCAGGCUCCAUUCCAGAUAGCAUAGCCUCUUCAAGUUUGCAGCUUGUGCUAUUGAAUGGUAACCUAUUGGAAGGAAGAGUGCCAGAGGAACUUUAUUCGAUUGGUGUGCAUGGUGGCGCUAUUGAUCUCUCUGGCAACAAAGGUUUGUGCGGUGUACCAUCUCUGCCAGCUUGUCCUAUGUUUUGGGAGAAUGGUAGAUUAUCUACUCAGGGUAAAAUUGCAAUCUGCUUGUCGUGUCUUUUUGUUUUCUGUGUGAUACUGCUGCUGGUUUAUAUCUACGUCAGGAGGAGAAGGAAUGAAUAUGAUUUUGCUCUGCCUCAUGAACUAACAUCAUUAGCCGCCAAGAGAAACCGAUAUCAGAGGCAGAAAUCCUUAAUGGUUCUUGAAAUGGAGAGUCAACACGCCAAGGGACUACCUUCACCACAACACAAUAACUCUUUUUCUUAAUGAAAUGGAAAUACAAUACUGAUUUUCAUAGUUUUCGGCUAAACAUACACCGACACAGCUUAGAGAAAGGAUUUGAAUGCAUUGCAGCAUCAAUGCUCGGCCAUGAUGUGACAACACUGCAGCUUUAGGGGGGGAAAUGGCUUCUGGGGUUUUCGCCUUUCUCGUAAAACUUUGUUUGUCUCAUCAAGGAUUCUGGAUGUCACAUACUACCAUUCGUGCUAUUUGUUACAUUGUUUUUUGACCCAUCAAGCAAAAGAAUAUCCCGUGAUGUCAAUACUGAGCCGCAGCUUUUGCUGAAUAUGUGAUAGAAAUAACAAUGUAUGAAAUUUGAGCCACGGGUUAGUGUCCAUUUUUUCAUGGCAAUCAAUUCUGCUUGACAUUUCUAUCACUGUAUCCUGACUUUUAUAGCUAA